CUCCUUGCAGCCAUGGAGCAGGAUAAUAAUACAAUCAGUGAGUUCAUCAUGUUGGGAUUCACAACAGACCCUGUGCUGCAGAAGUUCUUGUUCGUAGUGUUUCUUGUUGUGUACACAUUGACUUUACUGGGAAACAGCUGCCUCAUUGUGUUGAUCUGCAAUGACUCCCGGCUCCACACACCUAUGUAUUUCUUCAUUGGAAACUUAUCAUUCCUAGAUCUUGGGUUGUCUUCUGUCUACACACCAAAGAUCCUAGCAACCUGCAUCUCUGAAGACAAGAGCAUCUCCUUUGCUGGCUGUGUGGCUCAGUUCUUCUUCUCUGCUGCACUGGACUACACCGAGUGUUACCUUUUGGCUACCAUGGCUUAUGAUCGUUAUGUGGCCAUCUCAAAGCCUCUGUUUUAUUCACAAGCCAUGUCCUUAAAGCUAUGUGUGUUUUUAGUAGCAGCCUCAUAUCUGGGUGGUUUCAUUAACUCUGUCAUUAUCACCAAAGACACUUUUUCCUUGACUUUCUGCAGUGACAAUGUAAUAGAUGACUUUUUCUGUGAUAUCCCACCCCUGGUGAAGCUGGCCUGUGGCAAGAAGGGCAGCUUCCAGUCUGUGUUGUUCUUCCUCUUGGCUUCCAAUGUCAUCAUUCCCAUUGUGUUUAUCCUGGCCUCUUAUCUUUUCAUCAUUGCCACGAUCUUGAGGAUUCGCUCCACUCAGGGCCGCCUCAAGGCCUUCUCCACCUGCUCCUCCCACCUCAUUUCUGUGACUUUGUACUAUGGCUCCAUUCUCUACAUUUAUGCUCGUCCCAGGUCCAGCUACUCUUUGGGUAGGGACAAAAUUGUUUCAACCUUUUACACAGUGGUAUUUCCCAUGUUGAAUCCCUUGAUCUACAGCCUGAGGAAUAAGGAUGUGAAAGCGGCUCUGAAUAAACUUCUCAAGAGCAUUUCCCUGUAA